AUGUCAAAUAUCAUUUCAGCUUCUCUUUCUAUGUCCCGGUCACCUUUGAAAACCUACUUCUUGGAAAUCGAACAUGCCGAGAAUGGCCUGAGAUUAUGGCUCCAGAAUCUUGGGAUUCGUAUCCUUCCAGACUCCCUGUACAUCUCAGCCUCCGUGCUGUUUGAAUCGGUCGACCCACACGAUCUCAUAGCUCUCCUCGACAUGAGCAUCAAGGAGCUUGCUACGCAGACGCAGCUCCAGCAAGAGGACAGUAGCACGAUACUUUUUCUGCAAAGAGGGACGUGCUUAAUGGAGGAGAGGAUGUACCGAGCACAAAUGGAGGUUUCAUUAUUCAGUAAAGCCAUGGCAAACUUGUGCGAAAAACUGAACACGACAACUAAUUCAACAAAUUCACCCGCAUCGUGCCUCGCUUCAAAGACGCUGCCUAUGGACGCUGCCGGGUAUGAAGGAGUAGACGAAGAGUUCACCUCGGUCAAAUUCGACUGUUCUAAACGCAUACAGACCACCCGAUCCAAAUGCAUGACGUGGCUUUCCGCAUGCCGCAAAGCAUCGCUUCUGACGUCGUCACAUUUCAACGACACUACGAAACCUGGCGAAUCAAUUCUUUACCUACCCAGUUACUUGAAAGCCCGCGUUGAUGACGAGGCAUGUCGUGCAUACGCGAAUGCAUGCUUUGCGGAAAUCAACAUGCCCCUAGGCAUCGGCACCGACAAAAGCGACAUCAACAGCUUCAAGGCAGCGAGUAAAUCACUAGACGAACUCAAGCAUGACUUCCGUAUUAUGUACUUGAAGAAGCAACGCGCACAGUCCGAAGUGGACAUGUUAUCUGAAGCCAUAGCACGCAGUGUUGGAGGCGCAUCUUCUGCAAGUGCCACGACAAUCGAAUCACCUCUACCUGACGACGAUUGGUUUGACGAUUGGAAUUCAACCUCAUCCCUAUCUUCCGAUUCUGCGCAUCUUCGGUCCUCGAUAGAUAGAGCCGUCGCCUCCCGCUAUAGAGGUUGGCCUUGGGUUUCCUUUGCAGUUCGUGCCGGUCCAUCAUCAUACACACAUCUAUGCUCGCACAUCCUAUCCAACGCUCUCACAUCUAAUCAUCUCCCCAAAUACGACUCAAAGGCCAACCAGGCAUUUGCAACCCGCCUCGCCAGCGUCCUCCAACCAGGAGACCUCGUAUGGGUCCGUGACUACCAUCUCUUGUUAGUCCCUCGCAUGCUCAGGAAUGCGAUGCAUUCUGGUGCUGGUCAUCGGUCUUUUCGUGCACACGCCUUUCCCGAGUUCUGA